GGCCGUAUUUCAAGUGAAGAAAGUAACGGGGAAAAAGCACGGUGGCCUAUUUCCUAAGGCAGCGAUAGGCCACCUCAGAAGGGGAUGACCUGUUCUUUCCUGUCCACUACUCUCAUCGAACAUCCUCACCUCUGACCCCUUACCUUAAGUAUUAAAAGGCAUCCCCUCGCGUGCGGAGAACUAAAACAAUUUCCAUACACACCGAAUCGAGCCGUGUUCUCUGUCUCUCUCUGCUGGCCUGUUGUGGGAUUUCACUUUCUUAUUGUCUGUCGCAUUGUCCAAGCAAGCGUGUUCGCCUUCUUUCCUGCUAGUGCACGGACAUUUUGAUAUGGAUGAGCAGUCUUGAGCUGUUUCAUCCCCCGGUCGUAUCAACUGGUCCCUUUUCGUAUCAGUGGAACGCACGGAAUUAAUAUGAAUAAAUGGACCACUCUAGUCUUCCUGGUCUCUGUUCUGUGCUGUACAGAAGUGAUCCAAGGAAGGCAGGUUGAAAGAGACAAGAGGGCUGUCAAAGGAGGAAGGAAGACUUCCGGAUCUACUAACAUUGGCACAGGCACUAAUCACUUCGGAGGAGGGCAUGAGGGACAUAAAAGUGAAUGGUGGAAAGAAUGGUGGCUUAAGUAUAUAGGUGAAGUAACUGAUCCGACUGUUCGUCCACUAAUUUUCCCAACGGACGAAUAUGGAAAUAGAGUUCCUUGUCCAUGUCUUUUACCAGGAACGACACAAAUACCACCUAGGCCACCUCCACCGCCGACAUCACCCCCUGUGAGACCGCCACCCCCACCCCCAAGACCUCCAGUUCAACCCCCACCUCCCCCACCCAGGCCUCCUGUUCGACCCCCACCUCCUCCCCCGAGGCCACCAGUACAACCCCCACCUCCACCUCCACCUAGACCCCCUGUUCGACCCCCACCUCCUCCCCCGAGACCUCCAGUGCAACCCCCACCUCCACCUCCACCUAGACCACCUGUUCGACCCCCACCUCCACCCCCCAGGCCUCCAGUGCAACCCCCACCCCCACCUCCACCUAGACCACCUGUGCAGCCGCCUCCUAGGCCUCCGGUACAACCACCCCCAAGACCUCCUGUGCAGCCGCCUCCAAGGCCUCCUGUACAACCACCCCCUAGACCUCCUGUGCAGCCGCCUCCUAGGCCUCCUGUACAACCUCCCCCAAGACCUCCUGUACAGCCGCCUCCAAGGCCUCCUGUACAACCUCCCCCAAGACCUCCUGUACAGCCGCCACCAAGGCCUCCUGUACAACCUCCCCCAAGACCACCUGUACAGCCGCCACCAAGGCCUCCUGUACAACCUCCUCCUCCCCCACCACCAAGGCCUCCGGUAAAACCCCCGCCAAGGCCACCAGUCCAACCUCCACCCAGACCUCCAGUGCAACCCCCACCCCCACCACCACCAAGGCCACCAGUUCAGCCUCCACCUAGACCCCCCGUACAACCCCCACCCCCGCCUCCACCGAGGCCGCCCGUAAGGCCACCUCCAAGACCUCCUGUUCAGCCGCCGCCUAGGCCGCCUGUACAACCACCACCUAGACCUCCAGUACAGCCACCCCCACCACCGCCUCCUAAACCACCUGUCAGACCACCUCCACCCAGACCACCCGUUCAGCCACCUCCCCCACCUCCACCUAGACCUCCUGUCAGGCCACCCCCACCCCCACCAAGACCUCCUGUGCAGCCACCUCCUCCCCCUCCUCCAAGACCUCCAGUUAGACCACCUCCACCUCCACCUAGGCCUCCAGUUCAACCUCCUCCAAGACCUCCUGUUCAGCCGCCUCCGAGGCCACCUGUUCAACCCCCACCACCUCCACCCCCAAGACCUCCAGUCAGACCACCUCCUCCUCCACCUAGGCCUCCAGUUCAACCACCUCCUCCACCUCCACCAAGGCCACCGGUUAGACCUCCACCACCACCGCCUAGACCACCUGUUCAACCACCUCCCCCACCACCCCCAAGACCUCCUGUCAGACCACCUCCACCACCGCCAAGACCACCUGUACAACCACCUCCACCAAGACCCCCAGUUAGACCACCACCGCCUCCACCAACAAGACCACCAGUAUAUCCACCACCAACAAGGCCUCCUGUUAGACCACCUCCAACUCAAAGACCACCACCUCCACCAACAAGACCACCAGUAUAUCCACCACCAACAAGGCCGCCUGUUAGACCACCUCCAACUCAAAGGCCACCACCUCCACCAACAAGACCUCCUGUGUAUCCACCACCUACCUCAAGACCACCACCACCACCUACAAGACCACCGACGUACCCACCACCUACAAGACCACCAAUUAGACCACCUCCAACUGCAAGACCACCCCCACCACCUACUAGACCACCAACGUACCCACCACCUACAUCAAGACCACCACCACCACCUACAAGACCACCAGUUAGACCACCUCCACCCACACAACCACCUGUUAGACCGCCCCCACCGACCAGACCACCUGUAAGACCAACACCACCACCUUCAAGACCGCCAGUUCAGCCCCCACCAACACGACCACCAGUGCGACCACCUCCUCCACCUCGACCCCCAUCAAGGCCUCCAAUUGGAGAUUCAGGAGAUGACUGUGUUUCUGAAGGUCCACCCGUAAAAGUGCCAAGACCUGAUCGUCCACAACCGGAUGGUUCUAUGCCCCCAUGUGCUCUGAGUGGAAGAAAUUUCUGCAUUCUUACCGACGAUUAUCCUGCUGACUUCGUAAAUCGAGUGGUGGACAAAAGCAUGACUAAAGUCCGCAUCAUGUAUGAGGAGCUGCAGACCGUUGGCGAUCCAGAACUUUUCAAGAACCAAUAUGGUGAUAGUCCAGCAGCACGAGGAAGCUUCGCCUGCGAAACGGAAGCUAAUCUCCUGAGACCAGGAUGGGCGCAAGAAAGUGUGUCCGGAGACUGGAUGGUCAUCAUUAACACAGAUCUCUUCCCACAGAAAGUCAGAACAGAGAGUUGCAAGCGUCCCAACGAACCUUGCUCUUUCAUCUCGCCAUACUAUGAUUCCACUUGCCAGCAGCGAUACAGCUUGCACCGAUUACUCGCUGUCUAUCCUCACGAUCCAAACCGCAGCCCCGUGGUGGCCCUCUUCAAGUUCCCUGCUGGAUGCUCGUGUAGGGUGGACCCAGUCAGGAAAAACGACAUCGAACAGAGGAAAAUCAGAAAACGAUCGGUCAUUAAAUCUUAAGCAUCGUCGAGUGGACAAUGUUCAAUGACCAAUGGACACAUAAAAAUGAACGUUUUCGCAAAAUCUGCCAAAUCUGAGGUCUCUGGGUAAUGAACAAACAGCCCCUGUGAUGCUUACUGUGUUCCUUAUGCAGAGAUUUCAUUGUAAAAUCGAAGCAUUUCAUGCACAUCUUUUUUUUAAGAGUAUUGUUGUUCCCUUACUUUGUAAAUAUGCAAGAGAAGUUUCCAUUAUUUCUGGAAUUUGUUUUUUUGUUAAUUGUUUUUCUUAAGUGAUGUAAUUUUUUUUUGUUGUUUUUAUUCCAUUUGCCAAAUCAGCGUAUCUAUUCCGCAUGAGAUUAAGUAAAUCAUUCUAUUCUAAACUGUUUUUCUAAAAGUAAUUUAAUGCUUUAUUACCCAUAACUCAUGUAUAAAAUUUGUAAAUGAUAAUAAGAGAAAACAAUUCUAAAACGGAAAUUCAUAUUCAUAUUUAGAAAUAAAAUUAUUGUUUUCUCUGAGUAAAUUUAUAAAAGAAACAUAUCAUUUCUUUAAUUUGCUCUAAAACUUGAAAAACGUUUGUAAAGUAUUACCUCCAUUUGGAAAGCAUUUGUUUUUCAAAUGGGGGUCGAUUAACACUUUAUUAUAAUAUAUUAAUCAUUUUUAAUAUUUAUUUAAAUGAAAUAGCAAGAAAUUCCUUUCUAUUAACAAAUUCAGUACGAAAGGAAAUUGCACAAAAUUUAUUAAAAAAUACACAAAAAAAAUCUAAAUACAGAUUGUUCUAUUUGUAACAAAAUUCAACAAAAAGAAUUGCAUCAAAAGCAAUCCAUUUAAUAAUUUCCUGGGGGGGGAUGUAUAGAAAAUUCUUAGAGAUCUACUUAAGUCAUCUUACAAAUAAGCGAUAAAUUAAACGUAAAAAAUUAUCUAAGUAAAUGUUGGAUAAAAGGAUUGAAAAUUCAGUAAGAUAAAUUGAUAUCGAAACAAAGGAUAUAAAACACACGCAUUGACAGCUGAUGAAAUAAAUCAAAAACACCUGCCAAAUCGGAUAUUUAAGCUGACUUGAGGCGUGUCAAAAUGGCUUAUUAUUGGCUGCAAUCUCUGCACGUGAAGAAGUAAAAGCUUCCUAAAUACCCUAGAUAAAUGACUUCUAGACAAAUGGAAAUAAAUCUUGCGUUCAACCAUAAGCGCGAAUCAUUUUCAUGCCUUUUAAGAAUAAAGAUCGGGUGUGGUUACGCGAAUUGUGAAAAUGCAUGGAACUAACCGGGUUUUGGGACAUAACUAAUUGUAUUGUACAAUUGUAACUAGGCAAUCAUGUUUCAACACUUUCUCUGUAGAAGUUUUUAAACAACUGAGAUUAAUAUUUAUAAUUACGCACAAAGAAAAAUUUGUAAGAAAAUGUCAAGUAAUUUGAGAAUAAAUUUUGAAUUUGCAUUUCAGUAAUGGCCUGUGUUGUAAAUAAGUUAUUUCUGAAUUUGGGUUGAUCUCAAAUAAAUUAAUGUUUUUCAUUAAUUCUUUUAUUAAAAAUGAAAUUUUUUUUCGAAAUGUAAAUAUUAUGAAAAUAAAUCUUCUGUGAUUGUGUAUUUUUUUCCAUUCAACUCUUUUUGUAUCAUUUCAUAUUCUACUAUUUUGUGAUUUUUGUA